GCGAGGCCCAAUGCGGUGGCGGCACCUCCUUGGUUCUGCCCGGACUGCCCCAACGAGCCAGGCCCUGCGGCAGCCGGCGACCAAGCAGCGGGGAGUAGCAGUCCCACGUUCGGAUCUUGCCCGCCAGCUGUUUGCUCGCCUGCUCGGGAUGGCCGGCUACCUGCGGGUCCUACGCUCGCUCUGUAGGGUCUCUGACUCUGGGCGGGCCUGGGCGCCAGCAGCCCUGACAGCUUCGAACUUGCAAGAGCAGCCGCGGCGCCACUAUGCCGACAAGAGGAUCAAGGUGGCCAAGCCAGUGGUGGAGAUGGACGGUGAUGAGAUGACCCGUAUUAUCUGGCAAUUCAUCAAAGAGAAGCUCAUCCUGCCCCACGUGGAGGUCCAACUCAAGUAUUUCGAUCUUGGGCUCCCAAACCGUGACCAGACCAAUGACCAGGUCACCAUCGACUCUGCGCUCGCCACCCAGAAGUACAGUGUGGCUGUCAAGUGUGCCACCAUCACCCCUGAUGAGGCCCGUGUGGAAGAGUUCAAGCUGAAGAAGAUGUGGAAGAGUCCUAAUGGAACCAUCCGGAACAUCCUUGGAGGGACUGUCUUCCGGGAGCCUAUCAUCUGCAAAAACAUCCCACGCCUUGUCCCUGGCUGGACCAAGCCCAUCACCAUUGGUCGGCAUGCCCAUGGUGACCAGUACAAGGCCACAGACUUUGUGGUGGACCGUGCUGGCACGUUUAAGAUAGUCUUCACCCCAAAGGAUGGCAGCAAUGGCAAGGAGUGGGAGGUGUACAACUUUCCAGCUGGUGGUGUAGGCAUGGGCAUGUAUAAUACUGAUGAGUCCAUCUCAGGCUUUGCACACAGCUGCUUCCAGUAUGCCAUCCAAAAGAAGUGGCCGCUGUACAUGAGCACCAAGAACACCAUCCUGAAGGCCUACGAUGGGCGUUUCAAGGACAUCUUCCAGGAGAUCUUUGACAAGCACUAUAAGACUGACUUUGACAAGAAUAAGAUCUGGUACGAGCACCGACUCAUUGACGACAUGGUGGCUCAGGUCCUCAAGUCUGCGGGAGGUUUUGUGUGGGCCUGUAAGAACUACGAUGGAGACGUGCAGUCAGACAUCCUGGCCCAGGGCUUCGGCUCCCUUGGCCUGAUGACCUCCGUGCUGGUCUGCCCAGAUGGAAAGACCAUUGAGGCAGAGGCUGCUCAUGGGACGGUCACCCGCCACUACCGGGAGCACCAGAAGGGCCGGCCUACCAGUACCAACCCCAUUGCCAGCAUCUUUGCCUGGACACGUGGUCUGGAGCACCGGGGGAAGUUGGAUGGAAACCAGGACCUCAUCAGGUUUGCCCAGACCCUGGAGAAGGUGUGCGUUGAGACUGUGGAGAGUGGAGCCAUGACCAAGGACCUGGCAGGCUGUAUCCAUGGCCUCAGCAAUGUGAAGCUGAAUGAGCACUUCCUGAACACCACAGAUUUCCUGGACACCAUCAAGAGCAACCUGGACAAAGCUCUGGGCAAGCAGUAGGAGGAAGCACUGCCCCAGCUGCUGUGGUGGACAGGAUGGAACCAAGCAGGCAGCAGCCACAGGUCCUCCCAACACAGUGGAGGGUGAGCCUCAUAGCUCCUCUCUGGGGAGCCUGCCCACAAGGCUGUUCUAGGGGACAUUUUUUAUAAGUGAGAUAUUUUAAAAAGCCUAUCUGUGUUUCCCCUCAUGGUAAAGUGAGGCAGGAACAGAGUGUUUUACCUCAGCCAGUCAGUAUGUUUUGCAUACUGUAAUUUAUAUUGCCCUUGGAACACAUGGUGCCAUAUUUAGCUACUAAAAACCUCUUCACAAA